AGGAUUCCUCAAUGACAAAAGUUGCCAGGACAAACAGGUCUAGCUGGCUUGGCCUCCCAGGAGCCACCUGUCUCCUCUUCUGCCUUUGAAAUUCUUGGGCUCUGCAUUUUCCUUCCUAUGGAAAAGAACCAUCCUUCUUAUCUACACAGAAAUGGCUGAAAUUGGGAUUCCACCUCACAAAUUCCCUAUGUCCAAGGGUUGCUUUCAGACAAAAGCUACCAGGACAGAGAGGCCUGGCUAGCCUAGGCCUCUGAUGGCCACCGUUCAUCUGCCCCUCAAACACCAGUGUUCCAUGCUUUCCUUCCUAUAGAGAAGAACUGUCCUUCAUCUCUGGGUGUCCAUGUCUGAAAUUGGGAUUCUACCUCCAAAAUUCUGUAUAUCCAAGGGCUGCUCCCAGGCAAAAUCUGCCAGUACCAUCAAGUCUGGCUGGCCUUGGCCUCUGGUGAUUGCCCCUACAACACUGGGGCUUGGUUCUUUCCUUCCCAUGGAGAUCCCUGGGACACUGUGGGGACCUCAUGGAACCAAGGGGAUCAUUGUGGCACCACUGGAGCCCAUGGAACCAAGGGGCCGUGGUGACACAGCAGGGCUUCAUGGAGCCCAGAGACCAUUAUGACUCUGUGGGGCCUGAUGGAACCAUGGAGAGCAUUAGGACCCUUCAAGGCCUCAUGUCACCAAGGGGGAAUUAUGACACCUCAGGGCCUCAUGGAAGCAAGGGACCAUUGGGACACUAUGGGGCCCCAUGGAGCCAAUGGAACAUGGAACAGGUCUGGUUGGCUUGGCCUCCCAGGGGCCACCUGACAGGUCUGGCUGAUCUUGGAAUGUCAAGGACUGGCUCUCAUCAGCUCCUGGAGCACUGGGGCUGCAUGCUUUCCAUGCUACAGUAAAGAACUAUCCCUCUUUUUAGAUGCCCAUUGGCAAAACUGAUACUUUCCCUAAAAAAUUUCCUCUAUGCAAGGUGGUCACCUCUCAUCUGCCCCUGAAAUACUGGGGCUCUGUUCUUUCAUUCCUUUGGAAAACAACUGGCCUUUCUGCCAAGGGACCAUGGCCAAAAUUAGAAUUUGGUCUCCCAAAUUCCGUAUAUCCAAGCAUUGGUCCCAGACAAAUAUAGCCAGGACAGACAGAUCCCUAUGCCAAGACACUUGAAAUGUCCAACAGCAGCUCCAUCAGCCACUUCCUCCUGCUGGCAUUGGCAGACACGCGACAGCUGCAGCUCCUGCACUUCUGCCUCUUGCUGGGCAUCUCCCUGGCUGCCCUCCUGGGCAACGGCCUCAUCAUCAGCGCCGUAGCCUGCGGCCACCACCUGCACACGCCCAUGUUCUUCUUCCUGCUCAACCUGGCCCUCAGCGACCUGGGCUCCAUCUGCACCACUGUCCCCAAAGCCAUGCACAAUUCCCUCUGGGACACCACCACCAUCUCCUACACAGGAUGUGCUGCUCAGCUCUUUUUCUUUCUGUUCUUCAUCUCAACAGAAUUUUAUCUCCUGACCACCAUGUGCUACGACCGCUAUGUGUCCAUCUGCAAACCCCUGCACUACGGGACCCUCCUGGGCAGCAGAGCUUGUGCCCACAUGGCAGCAGCUGCCUGGGCCAGUGCCUUUCUCACUGCUCUAAUGCACACAGCCAAUACAUUUUCCCUGCCCCUGUGCCAUGGCAAUGCCCUGGGCCAGUUCUUCUGUGAAAUUCCCCAGAUCCUCAAGCUCUCCUGCUCCAAAUCCCACAUCAGAGAACUUGGGCUCAUUGCUGUUAGUGCCUCUUUAUCAAUAUGUUGUUUUUUGUUCAUUGCUUUCUCCUAUGUGCAGAUCUUCAGGGCUGUGCUCAGGAUCCCCUCUGAGCAGGGACGGCACAAAGCCUUUUCCACCUGCCUCCCCCACCUAGCUGUGGUCUCUCUGUUCACCAGCACUGCAGUGUUUACCUACCUGAAACCCCUCUCCAUCUCCUCCCCAUCCCUCGAUCUUGCCCUAUCAGUUCUGUACUCAGUGGUGCCGCCAGCCCUGAAUCCCCUCAUCUACAGCCUGAGGAACCAGGAGCUCAAGGCUGCAGUGUGGAGACUGAUCACUGGAUACUUUCAGGAACAUUAAACUGCUGGAGAAUUUCUGCAAGUCACUUGUAAUAAAAGUAAUCUUUGAUA